AUGGAACCGAUCGUACCAAUCGAAAUACUUAGUUCUCUGAUUCUCGGAGAUCUGAUCGCUUUUGUAGCCUUUAGUAGCUACUUUCGCAAGAGGAAAUUGGAGGUUGCUUCCAUCACAAAGCCCGCCGAAGCGGCGGCACCGAAUCUGAAGAAUUCAAAGCCUCAGCAAACUAAGAAAUCUCAGUCCAAGCCUCAUCAUUCACAUGCUGAUAAGGAUCUGAACAAGCGCCAUCACCCAUUAGACUUAAAUACUUUAAAAGGUCAUGGAGGUUCUGUUAAUGGCUUAUGCUUCUCAUCAGAUGGUCAUAGUUUAGCAACCGCUUGUGAUGAUGGUGUAGUCAGAGUAUUUAAGUUGGAUGAUGCUUCAAGUAAAAGCUUUAAGUUUAUGAGAAUUAACCUGCCAGCUGGAGGCCAUCCAACUGUAGUUGCAUUUGUUGAUGAUGCUUAUUCAGUUAUUGUGGCUUCACAAAAUCUUACUGGUGCAAAUUUAUACAUGUAUAGAGAAGACAAGCCAAAAUCUGGCGAUAAUAUUCAACAGUCAAAGCCUGAAAUAAAAUGGGAACACCAUAAUGUUCAUGAUAAAAAGUAUACCAUCACUUUAUUUGGCACUAAAGCUACUCAUGGUGCUGUUGAUGGAAGUACAAUUAUUGCAUCAAGUUCAGAGGGAACUGAUAUUAAACUUUGGCAUGGCAAAUCUGGAAAGCUGUUGGGAAAUGUUGACACUAAUCACCUAAAGAACAAUAUGGCUACCAUAUCGCCAGAGGGGCGGUUUAUUCCAUGUUUGAUGAGUUAG